GGCUCCUACCAACGAAGGGGAAGCGGGGACUGCAUACCAAUAAACCAGUUGGCCCAUCUGCCGCGCCCCUCGCCGCCUCUAGACGCCUAGCGAGCACACUUGGCUCUGAGAUACGCGCUCAUGUGCGCGUCACACGCAAUUCGAAACAUUUUUUACAAUACCAGCUUAAGUACCUUUGUGGAACUCGAAUUAGAAGUUUUUAAAAGUAUCUAAGAUUUUUAUUUUAAUAAUCAAGACUCCAAGCUUGAACAUGGUGACCCAUCGACGUGAUUAAUACGCAAAGAUAGCUUCUGCCCGAGUCGAACGAAAGUCCUACGUGUGAAGAAGGCAAAGGUCACGACAGCAACAACGUGGCACAAAUUGGACAACCCGGCGCCAACGCAGUUUUUUGGAUCCGCCUGUUGGAUUGUACCUAUCCACGACGCCAGUUGUACUGUACAAAUAUUUGGAGAUUUACGACGCCAUUUUGGAAGCUGCAGACACCCUUACUUCAAGCCCGCCGGUCAGAACUACGCCGUAGCCAGGUUUAGCAAGGGAAGUGCACCAUUCCUUCAUAUUUCCUACUCUCUGCUCGUACUUUCCUCCACCUAUUUGACUAUUUAGCUUUGCCGUCUUCACCCUCUGCCAUGCUUAAUUUUAAUUGUAUGCCAUUUUAUUGCAUUAGUGACGUAAACAUUUGUUAGCCACGUAUCCUCUUUUGAUAGCAAGUGUCAGUGAAAUAAUCUGGUCGCUGCUUUAUAGCCAAUUCAAAACUUAUAGCCUUUUGCGCUUAGUUAAGCAUUUAUUUAAAACUAUUUAAGAACAGAAACGCUUAUUUGAGUGACAUUCUUAUUAGUUAAUUUCAUCAGCUUAAACUUUUCUCCAUUUCAUAAAGUAUUCUCCUACUUUGUGCUAAAUACACAAAAAGAAUACUGUCUAGCGAUCUUACUAAUUACGCGCAGUUAAAUCUCAACGCAUAAAAAAAAUCCAUUGCAUUUCAUAGUAACACAAGUGUUCGUGCGAUCGUGUUACAGAUAAGAACCGGUCGCGUCGCUCCCCGGCAACAGCUACGACUCAGCUGCAGCUGCGGUGUGCUUUCUGCUGACUCCUGCAUUUCGCAUAGCACUGUUGCCGACCGAGCCUACCACUGUGACUGUGAACAUAGGCCAGAAAAUUUACGUAUUUAUUCCAUAUUUUUAUUUUUGAUUUCUGAUUUCCUCAUUCGCUGUUUUCAUUGAAAUCAGAUCUUUGUCAUAAGAUGGCUACGUUGAUACCCACUAGAACGUCUAUUAAGGGACGUAUUACUAAAUUUAAAAAUUACAUUGCCGAUUUGAAUGCUCUGGAAAGCAUUUCCUCGAAAGAUGUAGACGAACUUUCGUUGAAGUUGGAUCGUUUUCGUAGUAUGUUCGCACAGUUUGACCAGAUCCAAACUCAAAUAGAAAUUGCGACUACAUCAGAAAUGCAGACCGAAAUUGACAUAAGAGAAGAGAUGGAAAAUGAUUUUAUUUCUCUUAUUGCCACGGCUCAAAAGAUUAUUAACAAGACAGCCGAAGGAUCUGAUUUCGCCAGCGUAAAGUCUGAAGUUCAAGGUAACUGUGGUCAUGACAAUACAUGCAACGGUUUAAAUUUUCGUUUGCCUGUGAUUAAAAUCGCUAGUUUCGAUGGUUCGUAUUUUAAGUGGCUCGAAUUCAGAGACACAUUUGAUUCCCUUAUUCACAGUUCCGACAACAUCAAGCCGAUUCACAAAUUUCACUAUUUAAAUUCUUAUUUGGAUGGUGAAGCGGCUCAGGUGAUUAGUAAUUUAGAAGUGUCGGACAGUAAUUACGCUGAGGCCUGGCGUCUUCUCUGCGAGAGAUAUGACAACAAAAAACAGCUGAUUAGCAACCAUUUGAACUCAUUGUUUAAUUUGCAAGCGAUUGGUCGCGAAUCAGCAAAGUCCCUUCGUUACUUAGUGGAUCAUGUGUCCAAAAACCUACGGGCUUUAAAUACGUUGGGCCAGCCCACUGAUAAAUGGGACACGCUUCUUAUACAUAUGGUCGCAAGUAAACUCGAUAGUAACACUAGCUUAAAAUGGGAGGAAUUUAAAUGUAAUUCAUUUUCAAAUGACGAUUUGCCGUCAUUGGCCGAUUUUAAUCGCUUUUUAAAGGGACGUGCUGAUGUUUUGGAAUCGGUUCAGCGUAAUAAAUCUGAUAUGAAAAUUAAUAUCACAAAUAAUAAUAAUAAUAAACGCGAACCUAUUGCCUCGCCGCACAAUAAACGUGAAAAGUCUAGCACCAAGUGUUUUGCGGUUUCAGCCACUCCUGCUGCUUCGGCCUCGGCCUCUCCUCCUGCCUGUGUGUUCUGCAGCGGUGAGCAUCGGAUUUACGAUUGCUCGUCAUUCCUGUCCCUGUCCAUCGAAGACCGGAUCUCCGGAGCUUCAAGGUCACGCCUUUGUCUCAACUGUUUGCGGAAGGGGCACACUUCUCAUCGCUGCAGAGUAGCUCCGUGUCACACUUGUAAGAAGCGCCAUAAUAUUUUAUUGCAUAGGGAGACUCCUCAGGUUGCCACUGCGCCCGUAGAUGCGCCUCCGCCGCGCUCGGAGCCCGGGCUCGGGCUGUCGUCAAAUAUGACCGUAUCGCGCUCAAAUCAGGUACUUUUACCUACCGCGUACAUUGACAUGUUUAGCCCGGCCACUAAUAAUUAUGUAACAGCGCGCGCGUUUUUAGAUUGCGGAAGCAUGACUUCUAUUGUUACAACUGAUUUUAAACAAAAAUUGCAACUCGCACCGCUGCCCAGUAAUACAAAUCUUUUCGGAUUAUCUGACGUGCCUAUAUCUAGUAAUCCGGAACGCUGUUUUGUGCAAAUUCGGUCUAAACAUGAUAAAAAUAUUAAAUUCGAUAUCUCAUGUUUAGCGCUGCCCGUAAUUAAUAGCAAUUUGCCACUAAAGCCUAUCGAUGUCUCGAACGUCAAGUGGCCACGUAAUAAAAAACUCGCCGAUCCUCAUUUUAAUCAGCCCGGACCUGUAGAUAUCUUAAUUGGGGCUGACGUUUUUUGGAAUUUGGUUGGAGGCGAGCAAAUUGAUUUAGGGCACGAUACGCUUGUUUUGCGCAAAUCAAAACUAGGAUGGUUAGUUGUCAGUAAGUACAAUGCAUACUCAGCGUUCGAUAAAAAGUCGUUCAAUUCUUUUUUACAAUGCAAUCACCUGUACACAACCAGUGAUAAUAAUCUUGACGACUCGCUUACUAAAUUCUGGCAGCUGGAGCAAGUGCCCCUACCUAGUCAACCGUUUACCGAUUUAGAGGCGGAAUGUGAGCAACAUUUUGUCACUCACACUUAUCGUGACGAUAACGGUAGGUUUCACGUACGCUUGCCAUUGGUUACGGAGCCCGAUUGUUUAGGGAACUCGUAUCGCUUAGCUAAAAAACGGUUCUUUGCAUUAGAGAAACGAUUUAAACGUAACCAUGAUUUAAAAGCGGCUUACGAGCAAUUUAUAAAUGAAUAUGCCGAAUUAGGCCAUCUCUCUGUGUCCGAUUCUGACAUUCCGGACCCUUCUUUUUUUGUGCCACAUCAUUGUGUGCAAAAGCCCUCCAGCGAAUCUACGAAAUUAAGAGUCGUUUUCCAUGGUAGUGCCCCCACCACGUCUGGUUAUUCUAUAAACGACCUGCAGAUGGUUGGGCCGACGAUUCAGGAUUCAUUAUUUAAUAUUCUAUUGAGGUUUCGCACUUACAAAUACGUUUUGACUGGGGAUGUCGCUAAGAUGUAUCGGCAGGUCUUGGUUCAGGAGUGUGACCGCGAUUUACAAUUAAUUCUUUGGCGCUCCAAUGAGAACGAACCUUUAAAAACUUUAAAACUUAACACGGUCACUUACGGAUUUUCAAGUGCUAGUUUUUUGAGCACACGCUGUUUAUGGCAGUUGGGCGAAGAAUGUGCAGAUGAAAAAAUUAAGACCAUCAUCCAAAAUGAUUUUUUAGUGGAUGAUUUGCUAACAGGAUCGGACACAGAGGAGGAACUACGUUCUAUUAAAGAGUCGGUUGAGCGUGCGCUGGCAGCUGGUUGUUUCCCUCUGCGCAAAUAUCGCUCAAAUUUAUCGUCAAUUUUGCACGACUCAGAAAACUCAGAAAAUAAAGGUAGCUUGAUCAUUAGCUCGUCGUCGCAUACGUUAGGAGUGGGCUGGGACUCUGAGACAGAUAUCAUUCAUUUCCCUACUCAAUAUUCGGCCAAGGACGGCCAUCCUACGAAACGAUCAAUUUUAUCGGACUCGUGUAAAAUAUUUGAUCCAUUAGGCCUCCUUUGUUUGCUGACGAUUAUACCUAAAGUUUUAAUUCAAAAAUUAUGGAUUGAAAAAAUCGACUGGGAUGUUCCCGUGCCGAGCUACAUAAACGAAUCUUGGCAGGAUUUUGUAAACGGACUAGCGUCUUUAACUUCGAUCCAAAUACCUCGUUAUGUUCUAUGCGACUCGCCGACGCAUAUCGAGAUGCAUGUAUUUUGUGAUGCGAGCUCAGUGGCAUACGCGGCCUGUAUUUAUUUAAAGUCAACAAAUGAGAAGGGCGUUGUUAUGGUCAGGCUGCUGUGCGCCAAGGCCAAGGUCACGCCGGUCCAGGCUACGACUAUUCCUCGUUUGGAAUUAUGUGCUUGCCUUCUAGGCGCGCAGCUCGCGUCAGCUGUCUCUAAGACGUUGCGCUGCCAGAUUGCGCAAAAAUUUUAUUGGACUGACUCGUCAAUUGUGAUCGCAUGGCUUAAAACAAAUCAAACUAAAUUAAAAACAUUUGUUGCCAAUCGCGUGGCUCAUAUUUUAGAACUCACCGAUGGCAGUGAGUUUCGUCACGUUCCUACCGCUGUAAAUCCGGCUGACUAUCCAUCUAGAGGGGUCGAAGCGCGUCGCUUACCUGAUUUGCAAAUGUGGUGGACCGGGCCGUCCUUUUUGUACGAGCCACAGAAUAACUGGCCUCAGUUUUCCUCAAACUCGGAAUUCGAUUUACCCGAGCUAAAGGUUAACGUCGCGAUCACUAAAGAUUCACAAAAAAAUGAUGUCGUUGAUUUCGAUCGAUAUUCGAAACUUAAAACUUUGCAACGUGCGGUAGCUUAUAUGCUUAGGUUUGCGCAUAACUGCCGUCUCUCAACCAAUAAAACUACGGGUGUGCUACAACCUGAGGAGCUCGAGGCUUCUUUUAAAAAAUUGGUCGCUUUGUCGCAACAGGCUAGUUUCCCCCUCGAAUUGAAAUUGUUGCGUGACAAGCAAUCUCUAGGCCCUAAAUGUCCUAUUCUAUCGCUUAACCCAUUUUACGAUGAAGACGACAAACUUCUCAGAGUUGGUGGACGUCUGUCCUCUUCGUUUUAUCAAUUUGAUAAACGCCACCCAAUGCUUUUACAUGCCAAACAUAGAUUUACUAGAUUGCUGUUUCAACAGGAACACAUCCGUCUUCUGCACGCUCCUCCUCAGCUGCUUUUAGCCGCCAUUCGCGAGUCGGUAUGGGUCGUAUCGGGGCGUACACUUGCGCGCACCGUCUCGCAACAAUGCGUCACCUGUCGCCGCGUAGCUGGCAAUACUUCUGCUCCAUUGAUGGGCGCUCUACCCUCUCAGCGCGUAACGCCUGAUUUUCCGUUCAUUAGUGUCGGCGUAGACUUCGCUGGGCCUUUUAUGAUUACGGACAGGCAUGGCAGAGGUUGCAAAAGAACGAAGUGCUAUUUAGCGGUAUUUGUUUGUCUUCGAUACAAAUGUUUGCAUUUAGAGGCAGUAAGCACGCUAUCGACGGAUUCGUUUAUCCUUUCGCUGCGACGUUUUAUCUCUCGCAGAGGGCGACCUCGCGAGAUCUUCUGCGAUAAUGGACGUAAUUUUGUAGGAGCGGCCAAGGAAAUUAGCGAUUAUCUUAGUUCAAAUUCAGACACGGUUUGCAAUUUUGUAGCAAAUGAGGAAAUACAAUUUAAAUUCCAACCGGCAUAUGCUCCUCACUUUGGUGGUUUGUGGGAAGCAGGAGUCAAAACUGCCAAAUUUCACCUCAAUCGCAUUCUAGGUAACGCUCAUUUAACCUAUGAAGAAUUGGCAACUUUAUUUAGUCAGGUUGAAUCAAUCCUGAACAGUCGUCCUUUAUGUCCUUUAUCGUCCUCACCAAACGAUUUCCAACCCUUAACCCCAGGUCACUUCAUCAUCGGCCGCGCGCUCACUUCGUUGCCGUCGCCCCACCUCGCGGAUAUAAACCCAAGCCGUUUAGACAGGUUUCAGAGGCUCGAGGCACUAAGACAGCACUUCUGGCGGCGCUGGCAAAUGGAAUACGUCUGCGAGCUCCAGCAACGGACGAAAUGGCGUGUUCCAGGACGAGCUCUUCAACUGGGUGACCUGGUCCUAAUCAAGGAAGAGAAUACUCCUCCACUGCACUGGCGGCUUGGACGAAUCUCCAAAUUGUUUCCUGGCGCCGACGGGAUUUCGCGAGUAGCCGAAGUUGCCACUGUAACAGGCACCUAUAAGCGAGGUGUGAAAUACCUCUGCCCUCUGCUGGACGAGACCCAUGAAGCCUUGAAGGCUAACGCCUCCAAGGGCCCCCAGGAUGUUGCGGCUCCUACCAACGAAGGGGAAGCGGGGACUGCAUACCAAUAAACCAGUUGGCCCAUCUGCCGCGCCCCUCGCCGCCUCUAGACGCCUAGCGAGCACACUUGGCUCUGAGAUACGCGCUCAUGUGCGCGUCACACGCAAUUCGAAACAUUUUUUACAAUACCAGCUUAAGUACCUUUGUGGAACUCGAAUUAGAAGUUUUUAAAAGUAUCUAAGAUUUUUAUUUUA